AUGGCAGCAUAUGGAGCAUACCCAGUGAUGGCAGGUGCUGCCUAUCCUCCACGACCAAGUCCCUACCUUGUCAGCCCAUCGCCCUAUUAUCCACAAAGUCCGAUGGCGUACGGACAGCCAGGUCCUAUAGCACAACCAUUAGUAUAUGGGCAACCUUAUGGUCGACCCUACUAUCCCGGACACGGAGGUCAUGACUCUUGCUGUUUAGCUUUAUUGGCUAUGUGCUGCUGUUGCUGUGCUGUAGAAGAGUGCUGCUACUAG